AUGUCGCACUGCCACGACGAACACGAUCACCACGGCCAUGAUCACUCAGAAGGAGCCCACGACCACACCGACGACCUCACCCCGGCGCUCCAAAACCACAUCUACGAGCAGAUCGACUUCAGCGCCAUCAAUACUCUGAACGAGUCUGAGUCAAGAUCUGGUUCCAGGAUCGUUCAAAAGACAUGGAUGGAACGCCUCGAACCUGAGCCCGAGCUCAAAAGUGAUGCAGACGAGCAGCUCCUGAUGCACAUUCCCUUUACGGCUCAGAUCCGUCUGCACAGCAUCCUGCUGAGGACUUCUGCUACCGACGCCGCUCCGAUGACACUGAAGCUCUACGUGAACCGCGAGGGACUCGAUUUCGCGACUGCAUCGGACCUGCAGCCAACGCAGACGCUGGAGCUUCCUCAGUCUAACGAGAUUCAAGAGAUCGGAAUCAAAAGAGCAUUGUUCAACACGGUCCGGAGUUUGGAUCUGUUCUUCGAGGACAACUGGAGUCAAGGCGAAGAGGACGAGACGAGGAUAAGCUACAUCGGGUUCAAGGGCGAGUGGAUGAAGCUGAGCAGAGAGCCGGUGAACUUCUUGUACGAGGCGGCGGCGAAUCCAGGAGACCAUAAGCUUGCUUCUGGUGUUGGAGAAAGAUUGGGUAGCGAUGUUGGUGGAGCUGGGGGUGGCAGGCACGGCAUGUGA